GAAAAAAAAAGAAAAAGACAAAAGGAAGAUACAGAGAGAGAAGGAAGGAACGAGCGCUGUGCCCCGACCCGCUCCGGGCACCGGGCCGGCCCUGGCGGAACAAAGCGGCUCCACCGCCGGCUCCGCACCCCGGCUUUGCGGAGAGGCCGAGGGGCGGGGAGGGGAGCAGCCCCGCUGGUGGCACCUCCGCAUCCCUUUUGUUAUUGAUCCUGGCAAGAGGAGGACGAAGAAGGCGAACAAUUUUUCUUUUUCCCCCUAAACGCGGCUCUUCGCCUCUGCAGCCCGCUGCCCCGAAUUAACGGGCGGAGGAGGGUUCGGAUGGGGGAACGGCUCUUUUCUCCCCCGAUGCAUCGUAAGUAACUUAAGUUGUUAUUUAUACUCCGUCACCGAGCACGGCGAUAACAUCUCCGGAGCGCUGGAGGCCGCGGCGAGGGAUGAGAGCCUCCCUUCCCCACCCGAGCAGGACGCCGCUCAGCUCCUAAUUCCCUCCGUUUGAUUAUUAUUUUUUUCUGAAUUGUUCCAUGCUCUGCUGCCGGAGGCGCAUCUGAACUGUAAAGGCACCGCCGAGGGGGCGAAGGGACCCGAGGGGACCGGCGGUGCGAGCGGCGGCGCCGAGGCUCCUCCGCCCCCUCCACGAUGAUGCUCAGCCCGGACCAAGCGGCCGACUCCGACCACCCCUCCUCGGCGCCCUCCGACCCGGAGUCCCUGGGCGGCGCGGACGGCCGGGCGCUCAGCUGCUGCGUCUCCGACCCGGAGCCCGCGGAGGGCGGCGGCGGAGGGGGAGGCGGGGAGGGUCGCGGCGGGGGACGGCCGGGGCUGCACCCGCCGCCGCUGAGCCGCGAGGAGAAGAGGCGGCGACGGAGAGCCACGGCCAAGUACCGCUCGGCCCACGCCACGAGGGAGCGGAUCCGCGUGGAGGCCUUCAACCUCGCCUUCGCCGAGCUGCGGAAGCUGCUGCCCACUCUCCCCCCCGACAAGAAGCUGUCCAAGAUCGAAAUCCUGCGCCUCGCCAUCUGCUACAUCUCCUAUCUCAACCACGUCCUGGACGUGUAACUCCCUCCCGACCCGUCGGCCCCGCGGAAGCCGGAACGGGGCGCGCCGCCGCCGCCGGUCAGCCCGGCCCCCAGAGCCCGCGGGCGGCCACGGGGCAGAGCGGGGCCCGGCGGAGGGCGCGGAGGGCUUCUCCUCGCUGUCGCGUCGCAGCGCUGCUUUAAGCAGAGAAGUGUAAAAUGGGAUCGUUCCUUCAGGCUGUCAAGUGCCCCUUUAUAUAUAUCCAAAAACAUCUUCUUGUGACCUUAAACGUGUGACCCGUGGGUGCGGUUGAAAAUAACUAUUUUUUAUUUAUGGUAGAAGGAGUUGACAAUUUAUUUUUUUCAAGACUUAUUUAUUUUUCAGAGUGGUGGCAAUUUUACUUUGGAUACUUUGUGCCAAUUGUUUUCUAUAGUCGGGUGUUUACACUUUCUCCUGUGGAACAUUACGUUCGUAAGUGUGCGUUGGGAUCGAGGCAGUGCUCUGUUUUGGUUUACUUUCUUGUUUGUUUGUUUCGCUCCGAUUAUAUUGCACUUGUGUGUGACAAACCUUCCCUCCCUUCCCGUUUCUAUUUUAUAUAUACCAAGACGUUUGUUGGCCUUCUUUUCUUUUCUGUGCGUGUGUGUGUGUGUGUGUGUGUGUGGGAUGGACAACCACUAGCACUUAACUAGGAGAGUUUUUUAAGACUUGUCGUUCUUCUGAUCUAUAGUUCCGUCUGAGAAGUACUUUGCAAAUCGUUUAUAAGGGAAGUAGUUCUUUUGUGGGUGUAUCGCUGCGUGUGCCUAUAGGCGGAUGUGUGUGGGGCUGAGCGUGGCCUGUAUGUGUGCGGUAUAUUUUUAGGAAAGGACUUUUUUUUUUCUUUUUCUUUUUUUCUUUCCUAAAAAAAAUAAAAUAAAACAAAAAGAA